AUGGCAGAGAACUCCCAACAAUUUGGCUUCCGUGAGAGCAACCCUGCCCGUAGAGUCAACGAGGUAGAGACUUCAUCCAUACAGCAGCAACUGUCAGAGUUGACGUCUGCUGUUAGGCAAUUAGCCAUGAGGGACACACCGCGAGCGAAGGUGUGUGGAAUCUGCACUAGCAUAGGCCAUUGCACGGACACGUGCCCCAUUUUGCAAGAGGACGGGGCGGAACAGGUAAACAUGGCCGGAGGCGUGCCCACGCCCCGCAGGCAGUAUGACCCGUAUUCCAACACAUACAACCCCGGUUGGAGAGACCAUCCCAAUUUCAGUUAUGGGAACCGAUCGCAAAAUUCACUCUCAAAUCGCCCACCAGGGUUUCAGCAACCAUGGCAGCAAAAUCCUCAACCUUCAUCCGCAAAUUCAAGUAGCUCUCUGGAGGAUAUUGUCAAGAGUCUGGCUACGACUACCGCCCAGAUCCAGCAAGAGACUAGACAGCUCCAGCAGGAGACUAGGUCAUUGACCACGAAUAUGGCUCAACUCCAGCAAGAAACUAGAGCCUUAACCCUGAGCACCACUCAGUUCCAGCAGGAUACCAGAGCAGGCAUGAAGGAUAUGGAUGCUCGAAUAAGCCAAUUGGCAACUGCGAUAAAUCGCCUGGAGUCCCACGCUCAUGGAAAAUUGCCAUCUCAACCCGAGGUGAAUCCUAGGAAUGUAAGUGCUAUGGCACUGAGGAGUGGCAAGGAACUGGAAGAGCCUAAAACAAGGAAAGUAGAGAAGGAAAAAGAACUUUUGGAUGUGUUCAGGAAAAUAGAGAUUAACAUCCCCUUACUGGACGCAAUCAAGCAGAUACCGAAAUAUGCCAAAUUUUUGAAGGACUUGUGCACCCAUAAGAGGAAGUUAAGGGGAGAUGAACGAGUGGCGGUGGGAGAAAACGUGUCAGCCAUGCUCCAAAAGAAACUCCCACCAAAAUGUGGAGACCCAGGUAUGUUUACCAUUCCCUGCAAGAUAGGAGGUGCCUCGAUUAGGAAGGCAAUGUUGGAUUUAGGGGCGUCAAUCAAUGUAAUGCCUAAAACAAUUUAUACGUCCCUUAAUCUUGGACCAUUAAAAGGCACAGACAUUAUAAUCCAACUUGCAGACCGUACCAAUGCUUACCCGGAAGGGUUAGUUGAAGAUGUUUUGGUGCAGGUCAAUGAGUUAGUUUUUCCUGCAGAUUUCUAUGUCCUAGACAUGGGGGAUGAAAGGGCACUAAAUCCGUCUCCUAUUUUGUUAGGUAUGCCAUUUUUAAGCACUGCUAGGACGAAAAUAGAUGUAAAUGAGGGUACUUUGUCGAUGGAGUUUGAUGGAAAAAUUGUGAAUUUUAAUAUUUUUGAUGCGAUGAAGUACCCAAAUGAGACUAACUCUGUUUAUGCUUUAAGUGUUGUUGAACCCCUUGUACAGGAAAUAUUUGAAUUGGAUGGGGUUGAUGCACUGGCAGUGGCAUUAGCCAAACAUCUUGAGUUGGGAGCAACUCCUGAUGUAGAAUUGAGUGAUGAGUUAUACCGGGCUGUUGGAGCACUGCAUUCGCUCCCACCACUCUCCCCAAGGUAUGAGCUUACUUCUCUCUUUGUACCAGAAACUCAGGCAAAAUUGUUACCUUCUAUUGUGCAGGCACCUGAGUUGGAGCUCAAGCCUCUCCCGAAGCACUUGAAGUAUGCAUUUCUCGGAGACAAUGAGACGUUACCAGUCAUCAUAUCUGCUCACCUGUCACCAAGACAAGAAGAUGACCUUAUUCGUCUUCUUCGAGACCAUAAGGAAGCGAUUGGGUGGAGCGUAGCAGAUAUCAAGGGAAUUAGCCCCUCUUUAUGCAUGCAUCAGAUCCGGCUUGAGGAGGAUGCAAAACCAGUGAGGCAAGCGCAACGGAGAUUGAACCCACUGAUGAUGGAAGUGGUGAAGAAGGAGAUACUUAAACUCCUAGAAGUGGGGAUCAUCUUCGCCAUCUCAGAUAGUCCUUGGGUGAGUCCAGUGUAA